AUGACCUCUGGCGGCAAAAGCAACGGCAUCUCGCGGCGUGAUGAGCUGGAGCUCAUCCGCAAGUACGUCUACGGAUGCCACAUCCUGCACCGCUACAACGUCGUCGACGCAUAUGGCCACUUGUCCGUGCGCCUGAGCCCGACAGUCUUCAUGAUGGCGCGGUACAUGGCGCCGGCACUGGUAUCGUCGACGGAGGACAUGGUGCUGUACAACGUCGAGAGCGGCGAGGCCCUGCAGAAAGACGCACCCAAAGGUCGGUUCCUCAUUCUGUGCCAAUCCGGUUCCAUGAUAUUCACUGACUGGGUACCCGCCACAGGCUUCUCUGAGCGUUUCAUCCACUCGGAGAUCUACAAGGCAUAUCCCCAUGUCCAGGCAGUGGUGCACUCGCACUCACUCGAGGUCAUUCCCUUUUCGAUAUCGUCGAUACCCCUGCGGGCAUGCUUCCACAUGGCCGGCUUCCUAGGCACCGCCGUCCCCGUCUUCGACGCAGCAACGGUGUACCGCGACAACCCAUCAGUCUCAGCAAGCCACGACAUGCUCGUCCGAAGCACCGAAAUGGGCGCAGCGCUGGCCAAGACGCUGGGACCGGCUGACGGCGAGGGACUGCCCAGGUGUCCGGUUGCGCUGAUGCGGGGGCACGGCUUCGUGGCGACGGCGGACAGCAUCGAGAUGGCGAUUUGCAAGAGCAUCUACACGAUACAGAACGCGCAGGUACAGAGGGCGGCGAUUGGGCUGUCGGAGGAGGUGCGCUUCUUCAGCGAGCGGGAGGCUCACGACGCGGGCAAGACGGCCAUGGCAGGGGCCGCGAAGCCGUGGCCGCUGUGGGUGGCCGAGGUGAAGAGCAACAGGCUGUACAAGAACUCGGUGUGA